AUGGAUUCGACAGAUGAGCUUGCUGGCGGCACACCUCCCUCUAAGCGGCGAAAGACCCGUGACGACUCAUCACAUCGUUCAAGCUCACCGGACGCGUCUCCCAAUGACAGAAAGCGCUCGGAAGCCAGGUCGCGAGAGAUUCGCGAUCUUUCACAGUCAGGCUAUGACGUGACAAGAAGUCCCAGUGCCACGGGCUCAAACAAGGGUUAUUCAUCGCGAUCUCGCUCAAGGAGACGGUCGAGAUCAAUAUCCAGUUCGGGAUCUAGCACGCGAUCAGAAUCACCACCUCAGUCCCGAACGCGCUCUCGCCGACGGUCCUCCACAUCGUCGGAUCGCACGCGAACAGAAUCAUAUUCACCUCGUCCACGACAGCAAACACCUCAGCAGCAGCCGUUGAAACCCAACUACAGGCCGCGUCUAGCGCUACAUGGACAUACAGGGCCCGUUUCGCAGGUUCGGAUAUCACCCAACGGCAAGUUCAUUGCAUCAGCUUCCGCAGAUGGGACUCUCAAGCUGUGGGAUGCGGCCACCGGCGCGCAUAUGGACACGCUUGUUGGCCACAUGGCUGGUGUGAGCUGUGUCGCCUGGACACCAGAUAGCAAUACACUGGCGAGCGGCUCUGAUGACAAGGCUAUUCGGUUAUGGGACCGGGUGACAGGGCGACCAAAAACGACGACGCGGAAGACUAUUGCUGGCCAGGAAAUGGCUGCGUUACGAGGCCAUCACAACUACAUCCACUGCUUGGCAUUCUCACCAAAGGGGAAUAUACUAGCUAGUGGAUCUUAUGACGAAGCGGUGUUUCUGUGGGAUGUCCGAGCUGGACGACUGAUGAGAAGUUUACCAGCUCACAGCGACCCUGUCAGUGGCAUCGACUUUUGUCGAGACGGCACUUUGGUUGUGAGCUGCUCAACCGACGGUCUCAUCCGAGUAUGGGACACCUCAACCGGCCAAUGCCUCCGAACACUCGUCCACGAGGACAACCCAGCCGUCACAAACGUCUGCUUCUCCCCCAACGGCCGCUACGUCCUAGCAUUUAACCUCGACAACUGCAUACGUCUAUGGGACUACGUAGCUGGCACCGUGAAGAAGACUUACCAGGGCCAUCGAAACGAGAAAUUUGCCAUUGGCGGCUGCUUUGCAGUCCUGGACAAUGAGCCGUUCAUUGCAUCAGCAAGCGAAGAUGGGGAUAUCGUGCUUUGGGAUGUAAAGAAUAAAGAGAUACUGCAGCGAGUGCCUACGGGUCACAAGGGCAUUUGCUUCUGGGUCGACGUUAAUGGCGAGACGAUGGCAAGUGCAGGACAGGACCAUACGAUUAGGGUGUAUAAACACAUCAGGGAGGGUGCAGUCACAAAUGGGGAACUUGGCUCUAAGGAGGAAGUGGCGAGUACGUUGCAAGGUGAGCUGCCUAUCCGGCAGGAGGACAUUAAGUUGGAGGAUGUAUGA